AUGCAGUCGUCGUCGCUGCAUCCGCCGCCGGCGGCGGCCACUCCGCGGGGUCGAAAGGGGCGGCCCAGGAGAGACCGGACGUGGCACAUCACGGUGUUCAACUACAUGCCGCUGCCGUGGGAUCAGAGGGACUGGGCGGAGCUUCCCCAGGACGCGAUCUCCUGCAUCUUCCGCAAGAUGAACCAGUUCGAGCUCCUGCUCGGCGCCGCGGCGGUGUGCCGCUCCUGGCGCCGCGCCGCGUGGCACGAGCCCGAGCUGUGGCGCUGCAUCGACAUGCGCUAUCUGCUUGAAGACGUCCCGCCCUCCGGCUGGCAGGCCACCCGCAGCAGCCUUGUGCGGGCCGCCCUGCGGCUCAGCGCCGGGCAGUGCGAGACCUUCGUCGCCGAGCUCCUCGACGACGACCUCUUCAUCUUCCUCUCCGAGCAGGCACCCUUACUAAAGAAUCUCUAUCUCAUCAAGUGUUACUACGUCUCAAAGGAAGUAUUUGCAAAGGUUAUGUACAAGUUCCCUCUCCUUGAAGAACUCGAGCUUUUGAUGUGGUUAGGUGGCACGGAAAUGCUCGAGAUCGUCGCUGAAGCCUGCCCAUGCCUGAAGCACUUCAGUCUCAUAAAACAAGAUCGUUUUUACGAACUUGAGGACGAUGGUAAUGCUUUCGCGAUUGCGAAGAUGCACGGGCUACGUUCCUUGUAUCUCGACGGCAACAGACUCACCAACAAAGGGCUGACAGUGAUCCUUGAUGGCUGCCCCCACCUAGAGCACCUUAACGUUUUUGAAUGUAAGUAUCUCAGGAUGGAUGAUGACCUGCUAGAGAAAUGUUCUCGAGUCAACAUGGAUGGCCCUCGGUACUCUUUGCCAUAUUUGCCUUGCAGUUGCUGUUGGAGUCCUGACUAUUCGGAUCAUGAGGAUUAUGAGGAUUACCAUGAGGCUUGUUACUACUACCUCGGUGACCACUUUGACGACGAUGAUCUAGCAGAACACGAGAAGAUACUUGAUAUCAAGAACAUGCGGAGGUACUUGCCCUAGUGAGAUCUGGUUGUUUGGUUGGAGUUCCCAGAUAACGUACUCUCGAUGAUAGAAUAUUGGCUCACUGCAUCAAUUAAUUUCAAUCGCGAGUUUUCCAAUCCACCUUUCUUCACGGAGGUUUGAUAUCCAUCUAUUCUUUUCGAAAAGGGGAAUACCCGGGCCUCUUCGUCUUGCGAUGCACACGGCUAUUUAUUGUCCAAUUUGUUUGGAAUAUAUGAUUGUUCCCAAUAAAAGAAGUGUCAACAUGUGCUUCUUCACUUUUGCUAUAACCAGUUGUGCCAUGUGAAGGAUGCCAGCAUGAAAAUUGUACGGAUGCUCAAGGUUGCUUGUUCUCAAGUUAAACUUCAUUUGGUAGAUGUGGAGACAAUCAAGCAUCCGUCCGUCCUUUUGCUUCCCAUCUUACUUCAUGUACCUCCUGAUAGAAUUUUCUUUAUGAUUGAAGCUUUGAUUUCAACAAAGGUGGAUCAAUCUCGACGCAGUCCGCCAGUCAAAUGCUUGUGCCAAGAACUCCUACUAGAUGCUUAAAAUAAUGUGUGCAUCCAUGCAUGUCAAAACUGUUUCCAUCUUUUGUCACAUGAUGAUGCUGAAUGCCAUGAAUUUAUAUGCUGCAGAAAUUACCACCAAGAUCUCUUUUCUUGAUGAUUGCAACAUUCUCUUUUUCUUCCUAUAUUUGUGCAUUUAGGAAUGCA